ACAGAUUUGAUAGUGGACAUAGCAGCUUCAGAGUCCCUCCAAAUCUGUGCAACGUCCUCUAUGGACAACACGAUACGUCUCUGGGACCACCAGAAUAUACCUAUUAAAGUAUUAGAAAUAAACACAUGUGCUAACAGCAUUGCUUUCUCCUCUCAGCGAGGAGAUAUCGUCUUUGGCGCUGGGAGACACUUGUACAGAAUUUCGUAUUGUCAUUAUCUGUCCCCAAAAUACAGAGCUCGAAUACUGAUGAACGGAAUACCUGAAGAAAAUGAAGAAGAGAUGAUACCUGAGAACAAAGACUACAGAGUCUAUGAAAGUAUCGUAGAUCGAGAAUUUUUGUUACAUCCUGUUAGCAGCGCACCCCUUGGAUCAUUGGACAUCAGUGACGGUGACGCACCUCGCUUGGAAUUAAUGAUCCAGGGACAAAUGUGUGCUCAGCUACGACGUAGAGAUCAGGAUGUAAUUAGUAUAGAGAAAGGUGAAAUAAAGGCGGUGAAAUUAGUGACAGGAAAGUCGCUCAUGAAUCAAGAAGCCUGGGAAAAAUAUCUCGAUGAUAUAUUGGGAAGAUCGAAUAAAACAAGCACAGAAGUACCGCCAUAUGAUGUUUGGGCUAUGGUUGAAAAGUACAAAACUGUGAAAAGAUAUUACAACAAACCUGGAAUAUUCAAAAUGUUUUAUGGUUACAGUAUUGAAAAAUUCCCGGAAUAUCCAGAAGCUGUACCUGAUGAAGUACAGCAUCCGCAUUUGCGAUUGUUUGGCUUCCUUCCAAAUUCAGUAAUCUACAAAUUAUUUGACAUUGAAGAUGUUGAACCGCCUCCGCCAGUACCAGAGCCGCAACCUUUGCUAAAAUAUGAAUAUCCUCCGGAGUUUCUGUUGAACCAGCUGCAUGAAACAAAUUCGUCGCGUUUAGACUCAAACGUUGAAAUGACACCGUCACAACUCAUAAAUCUAACAAAUGUUAAUGAUAUUGAUUCAGAAACAACAGUACUCAGAGUUUCUGUUCCUGUAGAUCAAAAUCCGUUUCUAAAAGCAGCACAAUCUGUGUCUCAAUACAGAUAUAAUUCAAAGAUGAAACGUUGUAGAACACGAAGAGCGUAUCAUGAUCGUGUUGACAAAAAAAAGACGUGCGUGAAAAAGACAUUGAAAAGAAAGAAUAAACCACGUGGUAAGAAAUUAGGGAUACCUUUGCUAUGGACAGUACGAGAAGAAUUCUCGAAUAUAGAUGAUCUUGCUAGAUUGGGAAUAAAAGAAAUAGUUUUACAACUGGAAAGCAUUAAACAGACAAUUAAAAAUAAUUACGGUUCCAUUUCAACUCUUCAUGAUAACAAGAUCAAAGAUACUUUGAUGGUGCUUCUGGCCAGGUUUGUGAACAGCCCAUCUUCGUUUUCAGUAAUAUUAAAUUUACUGAAUGUCAUACCAGUAAACAACAUUGACAUCAUCGGGUUUCUCUGUACAAUUUUCAUAAUUACAUCACGUCGAAUAAUCAGAAAAUCGGUCCUAAAAUAUUUGAAGAAUCAUGGAUUACGAGAUCCCCAAAAAGUACUGGCCAAACAGUUACUCAUGGUAAAAAAGGUGACAGAUACCACAAACUUGUUUGAGGUGAAGAAAUUUGUUUCCCGAAUGAUCAGUGAUUGGAUCUACACUUUGGAGCGACAUGUUGUUUUAAUUGCCAAAGAUAUCAAAUGUAGCGACAACUUCGAGCAUGUGAGAAGUGCUGUAAAAAAAGAGGGAAAUCCACUUGCAGCAGAAAAAUUAAAAAAAGGCAGAAAUUUAGAUGCAAUUGAUUUUAAGGAUAACGAGUGCGCAAAAGAAAUUGAUCAAAUAUAUGAAAAAUGGUGCCACACUGAUAUGCACGAUGGUUGUGUUACCUGGAAAGAUUUGAAUGAAGAAAUAGUUUUCUCACCAAUCGAAGGAAUUAACUAUUUUUGUGAGAUGAACAUCGAAUUUUCAAACAUACCAAAAGAUCCCCAACAAUCAUCCCAGCAUACAUGCGGAAGACAUUCCAAAUGCAAAGCCAGUCAGGUCAGAUCGACCUAUACGAAGUAA